GAGGGGACAGCUCCGGUGCUGAUGUUGGAGCCGGUUAGUGAACCCCAAGAGUGCAGAGUGUGGAACGUGGAGCGCGCGGGCUGUGCAUGCUUGACCCAGCGCCCGAGCGAGCUCUGUCUUAACCAGAGAGAAAGGACAUUUUGAGAACAAUGAGACACGAAGCUCCCAUGCAGAUGGCCUCUUCCCAAGAUGCCCGGUAUGGCCAGAAAGACUCCUCUGAUCAGAACUUCGACUACAUGUUCAAAUUGCUCAUCAUCGGCAAUAGCAGUGUGGGGAAAACAUCUUUCCUGUUCCGUUAUGCGGAUGACUCCUUUACAUCUGCAUUCGUCAGCACAGUUGGGAUCGAUUUCAAAGUAAAAACCGUAUUCAAAAAUGAAAAGAGAAUCAAGCUUCAGAUUUGGGACACAGCAGGCCAGGAAAGAUACCGGACUAUCACCACAGCCUAUUACCGUGGGGCCAUGGGCUUUAUUUUAAUGUACGACAUCACAAAUGAAGACUCCUUCAAUGCGGUACAGGAUUGGUCAACUCAAAUCAAAACAUACUCUUGGGAUAAUGCCCAGGUUAUCCUGGUUGGGAACAAAUGUGACAUGGAAGAUGAGCGGGUCAUCUCAACAGAGAGAGGCCAACAUUUAGGAGAACAGCUUGGGUUUGAAUUUUUUGAAACAAGUGCCAAGGAUAACAUUAACGUCAAGCAGACGUUUGAGCGUCUUGUGGAUAUCAUCUGCGACAAAAUGUCUGAGAGUCUGGAGACGGAUCCGGCCAUCACUGCCGCCAAGCAGAACACAAGACUCAAGGAAAGCCCUCCUCCGCCACAGCCCAACUGUGGCUGUUAAUGUCCCCCUCCACACACACAGGCAGUUUGAGGGGGCCCAUCACCAACAAACAGCAUUUAUAAAUGGUUGAUUAACCUUCAUUUCUACUGCCUAGUAAUUAUUUGAGGGAAAUCUUUGUCAGUGGCUCAUACACACAUUCAGUUUGUGGGAGAUUUCCUGUAUUAAUAAUGUGGCAAAUAUGUGAUCUCAACUUUGUAAGGACUAUCCAUCUAUAAACAUCUGGUAUUUGCAUGUAAUUUGUUACUUGUCUUUGUAGGCUCUUUUUGUUUCAGAUUUCUUCUCAAAAUUAAGCUACUGCUGGGACCUCAGACUGUAUUUUCACUACACCUGAAUUUUGUGCCAUGGGUUCAAAUUUGUGAUUCGCUUUGUAAGGAUGAUAACCAAGGAACUGCUUGUGUGUGGGGGCAGGAGGAGAUCUCAGGAGACC